AUGGUGUACGUCGACAAUACCGUCCUUUACAUUGUCCCACUGGACAGUGUUGCGGAGAUCAACAAAAUUCACGGGCGAGGUCAGCUACCGAUCGUCGUCUACCUGGGUCGCCGGUCAGCGACAGCCUUUAGAGAACACUUCUUGAGCCUGUUGCGUAGAGCGGUGUUCAUGGACUACAGUGAACUUCGAGCUGAUGACCCGACCUUUGUGUCGAGUGUCGUAGUUAUACAAUAG